AUGGAUAGACGCGUCCCUUAUACCUUGAGCGUUCUCGCUCCCAGUCAAGACGGUGAAGAUGAAUCGAGAGUAGUUAUCCGAGGUCGGUUACGAGAGUUCAUCCUCGCCUUUCAGCUUGACAAUUCGUUCAUCUACAGAGAUCAACUGCGACAGAACGUUUUGAUCAAGCGAUAUUUCUGCGAUGUCGAUAUUGCACACUUGAUUUCAUAUAAUGAAGAGCUUGCUCAUAAGCUUACAACGGAGCCCGCCGACAUAAUUCCUUUGUUCGAGGCCGCACUUAGACAAUGCACACAGCAAAUCGUCUACCCAUCCCAAAGAGACAUCGAACUUCCUCCUCACCAACUGCUCCUCCACUCAAGUGCAACACAUACGUCAAUCCGUGACCUCAACGCUACAAAUAUUUCCCAUCUUGUGCGAAUUCCAGGCAUCGUGAUCGGGGCGUCAACAAUAUCAUCCAAAGCGACCGUCGUCAACAUUCGGUGUAAAAAUUGCGAACAUCAAGAAAAUAUCAGUGUGGACAGUGGAUUUGCUGGUUUGACACUACCAAGGCGAUGUGGCCGCAAAGACGAUACUACGAAGCAGCAAAGCGAGCCCUGCCCCUUGGACUCAUAUGUAAUUGUGCAUGAAAAAUGCCAGUUCGUUGACCAGCAAGUCAUCAAGCUUCAGGAAGCACCAGACCAGGUGCCUGUAGGAGAGCUGCCCCGCCAUGUCCUUAUAUCUGCAGACCGAUAUCUCGCAAACCGAGUUGUACCAGGAUCACGUUGCACGGUCAUGGGUAUCUUUUCGAUUUAUCAGUCCAAGGGUGGUGCAAAAGCCGCCGCAGUGGCUCUCCGAAACCCGUACUUGCGCGCUGUGGGAAUCAGCAGUGAUAUCGAUCAUACUUCCAAGGGAGCCGCUACCUUUACAGAGGAAGAAGAGCAAGAGUUCUUGGAAAUGAGCCGUCGUCCUGACUUGUAUGAGGUAUUUGCUCGAAGCAUUGCCCCAUCGAUUUAUGGCAACCUGGAUAUCAAGAAAGCUAUUGCGUGUUUACUUAUGGGCGGUUCUAAGAAAAUCUUACCAGAUGGUAUCAAACUUCGUGGAGAUAUUAAUGUGCUCAUGCUCGGUGACCCCGGUACAGCCAAGUCACAGCUUUUGAAGUUUGUCGAGAAAGUGUCACCUAUCGCCAUUUACACUUCAGGAAAGGGUUCAUCAGCUGCCGGUCUUACGGCCUCAGUCCAACGUGAUGCUAAUACUCGCGAGUUCUACUUGGAGGGAGGUGCAAUGGUCUUGGCAGAUGGUGGUGUCGUUUGCAUUGAUGAGUUCGACAAGAUGAGAGACGAAGAUCGUGUUGCUAUCCACGAAGCCAUGGAGCAGCAAACAAUUUCGAUUGCCAAAGCUGGUAUUACCACUAUCCUCAACUCGAGAACAUCUGUCCUUGCAGCUGCCAACCCGAUUUUUGGUCGCUACGAUGACUUGAAGACGCCCGGAGAGAACAUUGAUUUCCAAACAACUAUUUUGUCCCGUUUUGACAUGAUUUUCAUUGUCCGUGAUGAUCAUGAUCGUGGUCGAGAUGAGCGAAUUGCUCGCCACGUGAUGGGUAUUCACAUGGGAGGCAAGGGAGUGGACGAACACACCGAAGCAGAAAUUCCCCUGGAGAAGAUGAAGAGAUACAUUAGCUAUUGCAAAACGCGAUGCGCUCCUCAACUGUCCGAAGAAGCAGCGGACAAACUGUCGUCCCACUUUGUCUCAAUUCGCAAGCAAGUUCACCGCGCCGAGCUUGACGCAAACGCUCGCUCGUCUAUUCCCAUCACCGUUCGUCAAUUAGAAGCUAUUAUCCGUAUUACAGAGUCCCUUGCCAAGCUUACUCUAUCACCUAUUGCAACGACAGCUCACGUUGACGAGGCCAUCCGACUAUUCCUGGCAUCCACCAUGGAUGCUGUUACUCAGGGCGAGAACCAGGGCAGCAAAGAGCUCAUGGAAGAAGUUUCCAAAGUUGAGGAUGAAGUCAAACGCCGUCUGCCCAUCGGCUGGUCUACGAGUUUGGCUACUUUGCGCCGUGAGUUUGUCGACGGACGUGGUUACAGCGAACAAGCUCUUAACCGAGCAUUGCUUGUUAUGCAGCGAAGGGAUACCAUACGUAUCCGCUCUGGUGGUUCGCAGAUCUACAGAAAUGGUGUCUGA